AUGCAGGACACGAGCCGAGCCGUCUCUGUGCUCAAUGUGAUGUUACAACGACGCUUGAAUGGCAGCGGCGGUCACAGUGGUUCUGUUACGAAGGAACGCUCAAACGGCUUAUGUUUGACACCAACGGCACCGCCGUCAAGCCAGUCGACACAACGAGUUUUGUACUUGCGCACCAGCCCGAAAAAAUCUCUCGCAAACGAUGUUACUGAUUGUGACGGUGGUGUUCCAGCAAUGCAAACCAAAUUGCUGUCGAACAAACAGUCCGAGGGAGAAAAGCAGAGUGUUCCUUCGAUCAAAUAUCCUUCUGAAACUGGUAACCCGGAAGAAAAUCUUUUGAAAAAGCAUCGCAAUGCGAGCGAUGAUGAGAAGGCACUACUCGCAAGAAUGAAUAAUGAUGGCCGCUCUACAAUACGUGAUCGUCUGCCACGUGGACAGACUCGUAAGCUGGCAUCGUUGUUUGAGACAAUGAAUGAUGCGGCCAGCGCAGAAAUGUUCCGUGAAAUGGUCCAUUUGAAGCGGCGUGGCAAGUCAGUUCCGUCUGGAAUCGGCAGCAAAGCGCAUCAGCAUCAGCGCGAUUCCAGUGUCAGUAUGGCGAAACCCAUCCGAGACGAUUCGAGCGUGCAGUUUGGAUCCAAAGUAACUCCAGCAAAUUUCGGCGUGUUCACCGCCCCCUAUAAAACCCCUGUAGGCGGCUUUGCGUCUCCUUGCAAAAGCAGUCCAACCGGUGUUGCGACGCCUUACAAAAGCAGUCCAGCUGGUGUUACUACGCCUUACAAAAACAACUUGGAUUUUGUCAAGACACCUCAGAAAAGUAAUCUAGACGGUGCCAUUACUUCCCAAAAAUACAAUCCAGACAGAGCUACGGCUCCUUACAAAACCAAUUUUGAUGGUAUCACGGAUGCUUGUAAAAGCAAUUCAAACAAUAUUGCUGUUUCCUACGGCAGCGGCAAGGAUGGUUUUACGGCUCUGCGCAAAAGUGGCCGGGAUGAUGUGACGACUAUCUACAGAAGCAACAAAGAAAAUUUCGCGGUUCCUCAUAAAAGCAAUCCGAACGAUGUUGCGGCUUCUUAUAAAAAUAACGGGGAGUACGUCUCGGCUCCUCACAAGAACAGUUCAAAUGAUGUUAUGGCUUCUUACGGAAACAACAAUGGCCCUCGCGAAAGCAAUCGAAACAACGUUGCGGCUUACAGAAGCAAUGGAGAAGGUUUCUCUGCUCCCUACAGAAGCAACCCGGACGCUUCCACAGCUCCAUACAAAAGCAACAGGGAACGUUUCACGGCCCCGCACAGCAAAACUUCCGAAAGUGCUGCGGCUCCCUACAGAACCAAUGGAGGAGGCUUUACAGCUCCUUAUAAAAGCGAUCCAGCUGGUACAGAUUCUCCAUACAAAAACAAUAGAGGAGGUUUCAGUGCUCCUUACGGAAACAAUCCAGAAACUGUUGCAGCUCCAUACAAAAGCGAAAGGGAAGUUUUCGCGGCUCCGCACAAUAACAUUAUCGACAAUGCGGCGGCCCCAUACAGAAGUAAUGGAGAAGACUUCAAAGCUCCCUAUAAAAGCAGUUUAGUUGAUGGUGAUGCUCCGUACAAAAACAACAGAGAGCAUUACACGGCUCCUUACAGAGGCAAUCCGGAGGCUGUUGCAGCUCCUCCGUACAAAAACAACAGAGAGGGCCUCAUGGUUCCGCACAGUAGUAUUCCGGACAGUGCUGCGGUUCCGUAUAGAAACAACGGAGAAGGCUUCACAGCUCCUUACAAAAGCAAUCCAGACGGUGUGGCUCCCUAUCGAGGCGACAGAGCUUUUAGUGGUGCUUAUAAAAGCAGGCCAGAUGCUCCUAUAGCUGCUCAUGAAGACUAUUUGGACGAUGUCGUAGAUCCCUACAAAAGCAACGAGUUCAAGGAAAGAACGGAAAAAAGCAAGGAAAUUGUUCCGGACACCUGCAGUGUACGCAAAAUUGUGAAUCGGUGA